CAGAUAAUUUUGACAAAAAUAAUUUUCUGGUCCCGUUUCUCUCUUCUAAAAACCCCUCAAAACCUAGCUAGAUUUUGUUUUCUCUUUUAUUUUUCACCAUUCCAGCUUAUAUUUCUUUUUAUUGUUUUUUCAAAAACCCAUCACCCUCCUGCUCUUAUCUUCUCUCAGUAUCACAUAAAAACAAGGCUUAUGGCUGAAGUUGAUCAAAGCUUUGUUGAACAUGAGGAGGAACAGGUGCAAGAACCUCAGAACUUGGAGCAGAAUCUGAACCUGGAACAUAACUUGAACUUAGGGAACUACGUGGACUUGGAACCCAGUAUGAACUUGGAACACAAUGUAAGCUUGGUCCACAACGUUAACUUGGAGCAGAACUUGCAUGAGGAGGAAGAUCAGGAAGAGGACCCGGAGGAGCAAAAUUUGCAGCAGGAAUCAGAACAUCAACCAAAAGUAGAACAUGAAGACGAGGCAGUAGUUGGAGGUGGUGAAAAGAAGUGGCCUGGAUGGCCUGGAGAGAGUGUGUUUCGAAUGUUGGUUCCCGCGCAAAAGGUCGGUAGUAUAAUCGGACGAAAAGGGGAAUUCAUAAAAAAAAUAGUUGAGGAGACGAGAGCACGUAUCAAGAUACUUGAUGGUCCUCCAGGGACGACAGAAAGAGCUGUAAUGGUAUCUGCCAAGGAUGAGCCUGAUUCUUCUCUUCCGCCCGCUAUGGAUGGACUUUUGAGGGUCCAUAAACGCAUUGUUGAUGGUUUGGAGGGUGAUCCAUCUCAUGCACCUAUGGCUGCGGGAACCAAGGUUUCAACUAGGCUGCUAGUCCCCGCCUCACAAGCUGGAAGUUUGAUUGGAAAACAGGGAGCAACUGUCAAAUCCAUUCAGGAAUCUUCUAAUUGUAUUGUCAGAGUUCUGGGAGCAGAUUCUGCAGAAGACCUUCCCGUCUUUGCUCUUCAAGAUGAUAGAGUUGUUGAAGUUGUUGGAGAAGCAGCUGGUGUGCACAAAGCGGUGGAGCUAAUUGCAACUCAUCUCAGGAAGUUCUUAGUGGACCGCAGUAUAAUUCCGUUAUUUGAAAUGCAUAUGCAAAGGUCUAAUCAUCAGAUGGAUCACAUGCCACCUCAUCAAUCCUGGGGUCCACCUCAAGGUGUCCCUCCAAAUGCUAGUGGAGGUUCUGGUUAUGGUCAUAAUCCUCAGUACAUGCCACCUUCUCGGCAAAUGGACAAUUACUACCCUCCUGCUGAUAUGCCACCUCAUAUGGAAAAACAGCCCCAUCAGGGUAUUUCUGCCUAUGGAAGAGAAGUGCCAAUGGGUGCCCAUGGAUCAUCAAAUCCCCAGAAUGCACCAUCAAUGAUCACACAGGUCACUCAGCAAAUGCAAAUUCCACUAUCUUAUGCUGAUGCUGUUAUUGGGACAGCUGGUGCAAGUAUUAGCUAUAUUCGACGUGCUAGUGGGGCAACUGUCACCAUUCAAGAAACCCGGGGUGUCCCUGGUGAAAUGACAGUCGAAAUAAGUGGAACUGCUUCACAAGUUCAAACUGCUCAGCAACUGAUACAGAAUUUCAUGGCAGAAGCUGCUGCGGCUCCAGCUCAGGCACAAGCAGGUGGGGUUGCAGACCAAGCCUAUAAUCCUUAUGCAGCUCAUAGUUCGGUAUAUGCUUCGCCACCAUCCAAUCCCGGACAUGCAGGAGGGUAUGGCUCUGUUUAUGGUUCAAACUAUGGGUACUAAGUAAGAAUUGUUUUGAUUUUCGAUGUUGUCUUAGAGAUAGAAAAUUCUGGGGGUAAGUUAACUGAAAUUUGUUUUAAAGUAUGGACAAUAGACUGCUGUAGAAAGUUGUAAUCUUUGCUUAACGUCAUGAGUUAAAAAACAAACCAAAACAUGUUAGGUUUUAUGGUAUGCAUUUUCAAUGCUUUUGAUAUUUUAAUGUUCAUCUCCAGUUUUUCCUUA